UUUGAGGAGAAUAACAGAAGAAACAUUCAGGAUCGGAGAGUUCCUAAGUCUGGGAAUUGCUUCUUCUUCUUCUCUGAUCCUGCGAAUUCUUUUUACCAAAACUCGGUUGGGUUUUUCCAGUUUUUAAUCAAAAAGCCCCCCCCAACAGUUGCGAUUCUCUCGUAACUAAUCUCUCAAUCUAGGGUUUUCGCGAGUUCGCCUCUGAGUUUGGUCUGUGAUCGUGUGAGAGGAUGUCUCGGUGUUACCCGUUCCCUCCACCUGGCUUUGUACCGAACCGAGUUCGGGACGAGUCUCUGAUCGAACCGAUCAAAAAGGGGACAAAGGAGGAAGUUAAGAGAGAAAAGAAAGAUAAAAAACACAACAAGGAUAAAAAGAGGAAAGAGAGGGCUGGCCGAAGCAGAGAGCACCGUCAUCACAAGAGACUGCGCAAAGAUGAAAGCGCCAAUGCUAGUAAGAAGGUUGAUGAUGACAAUGAGAUUGAGUCCCUGGAGAAGAGUUGCCUUACGAUGGAACCUGACCAUCAAACGUCGUCUCAGAACUCUUCUGAUAGCAAUGAGAAUGAGGGACCGAAUCAUAUUCAGAGUCAGCCCUUCGAUGGUAGGCAUAACGACUCUGGUGAGUGUGUUUGUUUACUUGUUGUCGGGUCUGUUUUGCUUCACGUGCUUGCCACGAUGAUGACUCUCUUUCUUCGAAUUGUUGCUAUGGGUUUUGAAGAAACUAGCAUACGGGUCUUGUUACAUGGCAAAGGGCAGAAAUAUCCUGAGGUGAUGAUGACAGAUUCUUCUCAUACUGCUCUGUGCGAGUGCGUUGGUCAUCGUUAUUCGACUUCCGCAAAUCAAGCUCCACGAGAUGCUUCGAGGGUCUGCCAAGAAAAGACAAGAGAUCCAGUUUUUGAUUCAGCUGUAGAUAUCUCAACAAAACUCUGCAAGGAUGAGGAAACAAACAGACAGUUUAGUAUGCAACUAGGUAAAGAGAAACGGGCUGCCUCCUCUAGUCUAGAAGAAAGAAUUGGACCUUCAAAGCUCUGCAGAAAAUGCCCUCCUUCCACGGCCAUGCGAUUCUGGAAACUCAUAGAGGACUGGGCUCCUGAUCGGCUUGAGACCAAGCUCAACGACUCUGAAGAUGAAGAAUUGUGGUUGUUGAUGAAAGUUGGCGCCAAAAGACAUCAUGGUCAAGCUAGCGUUCAGACAAGCAGCAAGGGAAGUAGUUCGAUGGUGUGGGCAACUACUGCUCAGUUUCUUCCAGAAGCCGAACUACACGCAUUGCCAUUCACUGUACCCUUCUGAUUUCAGAGAGUUGUUGACAUGACAAACAGAUUGUUUCCCGAUGUAUUGUAGAAUAGCAUUUUGAACUCGGAAGUAUAUGUGUGGUUAUUUGUAGAUACACAGUUAAUAUAUACAUAGUAAGUAAUAUCAAAAUUGAUUUUACAUCUCAGAAA